UUCCCUCCUUUCUCUGACAGCGCGGGAUUCCUUCCUCUUGUCCUUCCGAGUCUGACUCCAUCUUCCCUUCGCCUCGCUCAAACCCGAAGUACCGACCGCUUAGAUUUUGGAAUUUUGCUUCACUUUUCUACAAUCACUCUCCCUAAGACGACUUCACAAAUUUGGGCUUUCCAUUUCUCACUUCGGCAAAGCUGGAUAGGCACAGAGGAGACCGCUAUGGCCCCGACCAAGAUUCCCACCCUUAUCGUCCCUCUGCAGCUCCUUCUCGCUUCAGCGACUCCCCCGUGAACCACCAUGACAGUCGCCGAAGUCCCAAUAAGUUCAGCGGCGCCGUUGGUGGUGGCGGUGGUCACCGUCGGCCUUUCGACAGCCCACCGCGCUACUCUACUUCCGGUGGAGCUGCUGAUUUUCGUCCAAUGGGCACUGCCGGGGGAUUCCGUCCAAUUCCCGGUACUGGCGGUGGCUUUGGGUCCAAUUUCCAGCCGCCACCUGUUGCUGGGCAGAAACGGGGGUAUCCUUUCUCCGGCCGUGGAAGUUCUCCAGAUCAUCAGGACGGAAGCAGUUUUGCCAAGCUGUUUGUUGGAUCUGUUCCAAGGACAAUUACAGAAGAAGAUAUUCGCCCAUUGUUUGAAGAACAUGGAAAUGUAAUCGAAGUAGCUUUGAUAAAGGAUAAGAGAACAGGCCAGCAACAAGGGUGUUGUUUUGUAAAAUAUACAACCUCAGAAGAAGCUGAUAGAGCAAUUAGGAAUUUGCACAAUCAACAUACCCUUCCUGGGGGAUCAGGCCCGAUUCAAGUUAGAUAUGCUGAUGGAGAGCGAGAGCGCCUUGGUGCAGUUGAGUACAAAUUGUUUGUUGGUUCCCUAAGUAAACAAGCUUCAGAAAAAGAAGUCAAGGAAAUCUUUUCUCAAUAUGGAGUAGUUGAAGAUGUUUACCUUAUGCGGGAUGAAAUGAGGCAAAGUCGUGGAUGUGGAUUCGUGAAGUACUCUCAUAGGGAUAUGGCACUGGCAGCUAUAAAUGCACUUAAUGGAAUCUAUACAAUGAGAGGCUGUGAUCAGCCAUUAAGUGUUCGCUUUGCUGACCCGAAGAAGCCUAGAUCUGGAGAUUCAAGGUUUGAUAUGAUGGGCACUCCUGCAUUCGGAGGUCCAGGUUUUGGUUCUCGUCUUCAAGCACCUGGGCCAAGACCAAUGUCUAAUUUUGGUGAAUUUAUGGGUGAUCGAAUUCCAAUUGAUGUACGAGGUUUUAGGCCACCUGUUGAUGCUGGUGUUCAUACCUUUGGGGGUCAAUUGCCUCCUAGGUCCAGUGAAAUGGGAUUACCUUUGAAUUUGAGUGGUCCUGUUAGUAGGUUUAGAGGUCCCAACCAAGGGAUAGUCAAUCCUGGAUCCUCAACUUCUCCACUGAAUUUUAUUCAGCCAGCAAGCCAACAUCCACCACUGGGCCUGCAAACGUCACCAGUGCUAAAGGCUUUUCAGUCACCGAAACAAUUGCCACCUCCGAGUCAAUUGCACUCUCAUGCUCCGACCUCCUAUUCUCAGACACAUACAUCUCCAGCAUCAGUACAGCGGCAUAGUCAACCGCCGAAUUUUAAUUCUUCUAGUCAAAUGCCCUUUAGUCAGCCUGCACCUUCACAAGAGUCACCUGGCUUAGGUUCACAGUUGGCCGUAUCUCAAGCUAUGAUCCAGCAGAGUGCCUCAUCUGCUGCAGCCACACAGACUCCUCUGACUAUGAACUUACAAUCCCAUGCUACUGCUCCUAACCAACAGCAGCUUCAGCCACGUCAGAGCUCACCUUCUCGGUUGGCUCACAUGCUGUCACAGCAAAAACAAACCCUGCAGGCUAGUUUUCAGUCUUCCCAGCAGGCAUUCUCUCAGAUACAGCAGCAGUUGCAGCUGAUACAACCAUCAAGUCAAAGUUCAACAUUGCAGCCAAGUUCCCAGACUAUUAAGCAGCAGUCUCACUGGGCGGGGGUUGUGCCACAUACAGCUUCCAGUGCCACUUCUGCAGCUUCAGAUACACGUUCAUCUAUGGGCCCUCUUGUAGCUAUAAAUACCCAACUUGUAGCUCCUCUAAAAUGCAAUUGGACAGAGCACACUUCUCCUGAUGGUUACAAAUACUAUUACAACAGUGUAACCGGUGAGAGUAAGUGGGAGAAGCCUGAAGAGCUUUCGGCGAUUGAGCAUCAACCAAAGCCACCAGUACUGCAGCCCCAUAACCAGCCACAUCCUCAACUACUAUCUGCCCAACAACUCUCUCAAACUCCGCAAGCCCAGCUUCAAGCUCAGUUCCAGACACGGAUGCCCCACCCUCAGCCGCUACAGCAACCUUCAUUCCAUUCACAGGAAGGUGCUUAUACACAAUUGCAGACAGUUAAUAGCUCAGUAAAUGAUCCUACUCGCUUCCACCAGGGACCUCAGGCGAAUCAAGAGUGGGCAUGGAAAAAUAAAUAAUCAGCAGAUUUCCUUGGAGGUAUUAUGAAUCACAUAAGCUCCUUUACUAUGGUAGAACUAUUUGGUCUUCAGCUGGUGCAUCUGCUAUUUAAGUUUUGAAAUGAAGAAACUAGGCCCCCUCUGCCUUGAAGCUCUGAGGCAGAGAGCAGCUUUGUAAGGUGCAGAAGCCACUGAUGGGAUGAGCGAUGUUUCAAUGGCGUUUGUGUUGGCUGCAAAUUCUCUCGACGCAUGGCCUUGUACGAUCUAUACAUUGGGUUAGUUAAUAACAUACCGAUAUCGUUGUAUCAUAUUGCUAAGAUCUCUGUAUUCCUCAUAAACGUGUAUGUACUUAUAAAUUAAUCUCUCAGCAUGUACUGUCUGUUCUUUUGUUUUGUUACAUCUUAAAAACUGGAGUGGAAGAGGAUUCGUGUACCUUCUUUUGUAGCUAUGAUUCAUUCACUUGAAAUACUAGUUGACAA